UGUGCGUAUCUCACUCAGCUUUCCACUUUCGCCUGCGGUAAUUUCACUAUGCGUCGAAACUGCAACCAUAAUCAUAGCUGGUCUCCACUUCGUCAAAACACGAAAACAUUCACCGCAUCGUCAAUCAAAUGUCUUUCAGGAGAUGAUGAUGUCAUGUUUUUCGUGGGACUUGAUUUAAGCAGGACAGGUGCAGAGCCUCGCCUUAGUGCUGGUUGCCUAAAAAAUGUCUUUUCCUCCUUAAGUAGUGAUAAAGCAGGAGCGCUACCUCUUCUUCUUUCGAAAUCCAUUUUCUGUCUCAGUUUAAAUUUCUUCUCAUUGUUGUUUUCAAUCUCCCUAAGAUUCUGAAAGAUCUCACUAAAGGCUUCUCGCAUGGCUUCUUCGUAGCAAAGACCCUUGUUGUGUUUGCUUUUCAUCCCCUGGCUUUGUUCUUCACCUAGUAGUUCACGUAGCCGAUAGUUGUUACAACAGAAGACUGUGAAAACCUCUGCACUGCAAGUCAGCUUAAUUCUGAACAUUUGAGCCAAGUUUUUCUUAUAUAAAUAUAAGGUGCAUCCAACCGGAUUAUAGGCGGUCUUAAGUUUGUAUCCAAUCACAUUCCAAACAACUCGUUGACAAAGUCACGGCUCGUAAUUCUUUAGAAAUGAAAAGUUUGCUGACUCACGAGUCUCUGGGAUGCACGUGACGGAGGUUGACUCUCUUGUGAUAUGUAUUGUUAGGCCCGGGUCGAACGUUGAACUUCAUAGUGCUAAUGAAUGAGAACAAUAGAUUUUGCCCAUUAGUAUCACUGCCUUGAUCACAUGUGAAGCUCGAAGUUUGACCCGGGUUUAAUUUAGUGUGCGUUAGCUUGGUCGUAUUCCUGAAUAGGAAUGCGCAGAACUUUGUGACAAAUCUGUUCAACUGAAACUGAUUUUUGGACUAUUAGAAUGCUACAUUCCUCUAUAUUGAUUACUUAUGUCAGCCAGUUCUGGAUUUUACCAUGCAAUGAAAGCCAAAACAAGCGAUUUUCAGGGUCGGUUUUUUAAACGAGGUUUAACUUAGGCCGGGGUUUAAGAAAUCUUUGGACUUUCAGAUCGCUUGGUUUUAGUGUGUUAUCUUAAGUAGCGGCUUUCUAGUCGGGGCUCUAUGCUUUCAUGAAACCUCUCAAGAUAAACGGCGUUUAGAUAAAAGUGUUGGGCAAAAUGAAAAUGCCUUAUAAAGCGGUUUUGUUAAACACUACUGGCAAAACUCUGUUUAAAUAGUAGUCCUUAGAGUUUAUUCCAUGCAGCGUAGCUAGCUUUUCGACUAGUUGUAGGCCUGGCUGACUGUCACUUCCACAUAUCCUAAAAAUUGCACGCAUGACUUAAUAAGCACUUAUCUAGGAAGAUCGCAGGAAACUGUUUUCGCAGGGUAAGUACGCUCUAACCUCACUAACACUUUGAACUCUUACGUUUUUUAGCUCAACCCAACAAUGCACAAUUUAUUACAAGCCGAGUGAUCAAGCCAACAAUUUGUAGACGUGGACCUACAGGUCUAUGUGCUGGUUACGUGCCCUCACGUAUUCAUAAUCCCAGGCUGGAAGUUAUUGCCUUGGAGUGACUUGCAAAGUCCUGAUUUCAAGAGUUUUGAAACGUGCGUGUAAAACAAAUCGAAUUCAAUAAAGAAGCAGCAAGCGAUCUCUCGUAAACCCAAGAAAAUUCUAAGCAGUCGUCUUCUUUUUUGCCUCUGCGUUGCUUGUCUUGUGACGUUAUUUGGGCUCGAGGCUGGUGCUUUCAUCCUUUUCCCGGGCUUUCUAGCUCUCCAACAUAUGCUUGGACCGAGGAAACUGAGUUUCGAACAUAUUUCGCACUUCUGUAAAAUUCUCAAAAAACACCUGGGGGGAAACCCUCCAAAACUCUUUCAUACCGUGCACACAAGUCGUAUAUAGAGGAUCAGGAAAACGAAACGAACAAAGUUCCUACUACAGCCCUCCCCAAGUUGGUAAGUCAGGACACAACACACUAACACACCGCGGCUUCUUUUUCAUUUUUCGCGCGCUAAGGCCAUCUGAUCAAGAUUCUCCAAUCAGCGUAUGGAAACCAGUCUACUUCUUUCGAACGUUCAUGAUUAGCCGAUGGUGAGCAAGAGAGCUAGGGAGAUUCAACUCCCGAUUCAUUCGUUUAUUCGAAAGGAAAACACACCUUUCUGGCGAGAAAAACACUUAAGAAUACUUGACCAUUUAUGCGGUUGAUUGAAGUUAAUUUAAAAAGUAAAAGCCAGAGUUUGCCAAGAACAUGCAAGAAUUCAAUCAUGGGAGAGCGAUGCACGACUGAGGUGCCCAAUAUACAGGCACCCAACGACGGUUUCUUUUUAGGCUAUCCAUAGUACUUUUAGAUCUGUAGAAAUACAUUUUCUCCCAAAUUACAAGGGCUUGAGUAUUAUUUUUCCGAAAAUUUAAGAUGAAAUUUGAUGUAUUACGAAAGUGAGACAUUUCCUGAUUCCUCUCGCCAUCUCAUUUAUGAAUCCGAAAAUUUUAGAUGUCCCUUUUUCACGAAAAAUAACCUAACUUAGAAAGUAAAAUUUGAAAGUUAAACUUCAGAAAUCGAAGGGAAUUUAUAAGAUAAGUUUCGAAAAUUGUAAAUUGUCCUCAAGUUCAUGGAAAAUUCUAGGCAAUAUUUGCUUCUCCGAACAGAUAUUUUACAGAAAAUAGUCGCUGGUGCCGCUGAAUAUAAUCUGCGGACUUUCUACAGGCAGCAUAAUUCACCACAAUGCUUUCAAGAUUACUUUGAAGAAACACUGGAAAGACUCCCGGCCUCAAAUAAAUCGGUCUUUAUCAUGGGUCAAGCAGUUCAACAUAAACCUACUCGGUGUCGAAAAAUGCAAUUAUGCGCAUAAUUUUCUACUUUCAUUACAAAGAUUUUCUUUUAUUCCGACAAUUGAUAAACUAACCCGUGUCCAUAAUAAUUCAGCUACGUUAAUUGACAAUAUCCUAUUAAAUAGAUUUGAUUAUAUUAUCACCAGUGGGAAUAUUGUUUCCAAUGUUAGCGAUCCCCGUCACAAUUCUGUACUCUCCUCUCUGUUAAAGAACAAAUGUUUAACUGGAAAACAAAAAAACGUGAUUUCUCAAACUUUUCAGAAAAUGACUUCAUAGCUGAUCUUUGCGAUAUCAAUUUGGAUUGCAAUGUGCAAAAUAACGCAGAUCGAUCUUUCUUACUUUCUAUAAUAAGCUAAACAAAACUUUAAACAAACAUGCUCCUAUCAUAACUCUAUCCCGUCGAAGAGCAAAACAAAUCCCAAAGCCUUGAAUCAGAUAAGGAAAUCAAUCAAGGUGAUCGAAAAACAAUCCGAUGCUACUUAGGUGAUAUAGAUUUAUAUAAAAUUUUCAGAAAAAAAUUUCAACUCUCUCACGACAAAGUAUUAUUACUGUAUUACUAUACUCAUUUUAACGAAAAAAUGAAAAAUAUGAAAAACACAUGGGCUGGCAUUUUUCUCCUAAUAAACCGUACAAAGCGCACUAAGAAAAACUCUAAGCACUGAUCUGAUCCGCUGACGGUACGUAAUAAAUAUACUGAUGAUCCCACCAAAAUUUUAGAUGUUCUUAACAUCCCCUUUUCUUCUGUUGGUCGCAAAUUGGCAUCCAAAAUACCACCUACUACUUAUAAUUUUACGGAGUAUCUAUCCGGUAAUUACAGCGAGUCUUUCUUUUUCAAUCCAGUGACUGCCCUCGAAAUUGAAAAUGAAACAUUUUCCAUUCCUCUAAAUAAAGUACGCGGACUAUACUCUUGCCAGUUGCCCAACCAGAAUCUUGCCCUCUGCUAAGCACAUUUUGUCGAAAUCUCUUGCAGACAUUAUGAAUAUGCAAAAUGACACGUCCCGGUUUCAAACUUCACGGAGUCAGAUUACUGAAUAUAUGUUCUAAUGUUCUUUGCGUCAUUUUAAAUUUGAACUCGUGAAAUGCUUCUAGGACCACUAACUUACUGCCCGGCGUCAAAUAAAGGCUUCUAGUCGGCUUUUGAAUGAUUUUUUCUUGUUAAGUAGUAGAAUGGGUUGAUUUGUUUUGCUAACCCGGUUUUCAAAAAGGUUUUCAAGUUGUUAUUGUACUGAUCCAGGUAGACAACUGUGAGAUCCGGCACCGCACCACUCAACGCUUUGUCGUUGUAGAUUUAUAUUUUUAACCUGAUAUUGCACUGAUAUAUCCACUGACCAGUAUCACAUGACCGUAUGGUGGGCUUAGGUGUCGACCCACUUGAAAUUAUCCGCUGACAAGUUAACAGUUUUCAACUGAUCGCAGGCUCAACUCCAAGUGGAUUUCUUUGCCAUGGUUACAAGGUUAUUGUUUGUUGAAGUGACCUAUAAAUUUAUUAAUGUGAGCUUCGCCUUUGGCCUGGGAUAAAUAUAUAUGUUUUAUCAUUCGGGCAGCUAAAAACGGUAUAGCCCUGGUGUGGGUUAAAUAAACCCAACAAGACUGCGACAAGCUGCCACCGAUAAUGGAAUCAAACGACCAAGGACUAAAUCAUUGCAGAGUUUAAUUUUUCAGAGUGACAUGAAAGGUUUCCAAGGGCACCCAACGACGAUUUCCUCCUAAAUACACUGUUAACACUUUUUAGGUUAUCCAGAGGACUUUUUGAUAUCUAGAAAUGCUGUUAUGAAGCAAGAGUGUAGCGUGAUUGUGAUAUGGCGUGAUUUUAUUCCUUUGAUUUUGUUAUUAAUAGUUUCACUCGUCUGUCAGAGCGACAGAGAACUUGAUGACAGAUCGCAUUAAAAUCUAAAGCUUAUAGAUUCAAGAAAGUCACGAUUUUGUGUAGUGUGUGAGCGAGCCGUUGUACUGUGAGGAUCGAAGCUGUGAAAUAAACCCUGUUUUGCUUUAAAACUGUGAUAUCGUGAAGAACGGCCCUUCGGCAUUCACGACAAUGCAUUCUGGGCGACACUUUGGCGGAAAGUAGUAUCUGUUCCGUCGUCAAAGGCAACUUGAGUCUUUUCGAAAUUUAAGGACUUUAGUGUUAUUUUCCCGAAAAUGCUACAUGCAAUCAGUUAAUGCUUCACGAAGGUGAAAACUUUUCUGAUUCCUUUCUCGAUCACAUUUUAUUUUUGAAUCCAAAAAUUUUAGGUUUUCUUUUUGUACGAAAUAUAGCUUAUAUAGGGGCAGUAAUCAGGGGAGGAAAAUGUGAAAGAUUAAACUUCAGAGAAUCGUAACGAAAAUCGAAAAUCAGUGGAGCGGUAAUAAGCAAUAUUUGCUUCUUCGAACAGAUAUUUUGCAGAAAACAAUCGGUAGGUGCCCCUGAAAAUGUGGGCUUAUAAACUGGAGAAGCAGACAGGAGAAUACUGCUAUCUCUACUUAAAGAUAAACAGGAGGAGACAUUAAACUGCCUUCAUAUAGCUUCAUUUUCGUAGAACGAUUACUCCCAUAUCUGGCUCACGUGCGUUACGGAGACGCCUUUUAGUGAACACGCGUAACAGUAAACUUUUUAUUUCUAAAGAACUGUUGACCGCGACUUUGUCAAAGGGCAGUUUGAAAUAUGAUUGGCUACAAACUAUAAGAGGCGUAUUAGCCGGUUAAGUGAUCCUUGUGUUUAAAUUUUGAAAUACUUAGCUCAAAAGUUCAGAAUUGAGCCGGCUUUCACUUUCACCAGAAGGUUUUCACACGUUUCAGCUGCCGUGUACGUGGAGAGCUGCACGAAGACCACAGGGAUGAAAAGCAAAAACCCGAAAGGUGUAAGUUAUGAAGAAGCCAUGAAAGAGGCCUUUGUCGAGAUCUUUCAGAAUCUUAAAGAAAUUGAAAAGGACACUGAGAAGAAACUGAGACUGAAAAUAGAUUUCGAGAGAAGAAGAGGCAGCGCUCCUUCUACUCUAGUACUUAGAGAUGGAGCAAAAGUUUUUAGGAAACCAAGAGAGACAAUAACAAGACAAAUCUCUGCACCCGUGCAACCCAACUCAUUUCCUAACACGACAGACCUGAAAAGAAAAUUGCAUUCGCCUCCAUCACCGGUUGAAAUUAAGUUGUCGACGAUGCUGUGGUUAUAA